CCUACGAUGACUGAAUCCAUUAAGCACCGAUAUGGGCGGAUUUAUUCCGGGUCAUUUUUGGCAGAUUCAAAAGGGGUACCAUCACAGAUUUCGGGCGAUUUAUCCGAAAUGUCAUUUUCUUUCGAUUCUGGAGGCUACAGAUCACGGAAUCAGGCCGAGGCUAUUCUCCACCGAUAAUGAAGUCUAUUGAUCCUAUUCUCCCCGGAUGAUAAGUCUGUUAAGCAUCGAUUUGGGCCAAUUUAUUUUCGGAUGACAUUUUCGUAAUUUCUUGGGCGAUGAAAUGCCAUUUUCUUUGGAUAUUGAAGGAUACAGAUCACGAAUUCGGCCUGAGGCUAUUCUCAAACGACGAUUGAGUCAAUUAAACACCGAUUAAGGCGGAUUUAUUCCGGGUCAAUUUUUGGCAGAUUCCAAAGGGGUACCAUCACAAAUUUCGGGCGAUUUAUCCGAAAUGCCAUUUUCUUUCGAUUCUGGAGGCUAUAUAUCACGAAAUCAGGCCGAGGCUAUUCUCCACCGAUAAUGAAGUCUAUUGAUCCUAUUCUCCACGGAUGAUAAGUCUGUUAAGCAUCGAUUUGGGCCAAUUUAUUUUCGGAUGACAUUUUUGUAAUUUCUUGGGCGACUAAAUGCCAUUUUAUUUGGAUAUUGAAGGCUACAGAUCAGGGAUUCGGCCUGAGGCUAUUCUCCAACGAUGAUUGAGUCCAUUAAGCACCGAUUUGGGCGGAUUUAUUCCUGGUCAAUUUUUGGUAGAUUCCAAAGGGGUACCAUCACAGAUUUCGGGCGAUUUAUCCGAAAUGCCAUUUUCUUUCGAUUCUAGCGGCUACAGAUCACGGAAUAAGGCCGAGGCUAUUCUCCACCGAUAAUGAAGUCUAUUGAUCCUAUUCUCUACGGAUGAUUAGUCCGUUAAGCAUUGAUUUGGGCCAAUUUAUUUUCUGAUGACAUUUUCGUAAUUUCUUGGGCGACGAAAUGCCAUUUUCUUUGGAUAUUGAAGGCUACAGAUCACGGAUUCGUCAUGAGGCUAUUCUCCAACGAUGAUUGAGUCCAUUAAGAACCGAUUUGGGCGGAUUUAUUCCGGGUCAAAUUUUGGCAGAUACCAAAGGGGUACCAUCAUAGAUUUCGGGCUAUUUAUCGGAAAAGCCAUUUUUUUUUCGAUUCUGGAGGCUACACAUCACGGAAUCAGGCCGAGGCUAUUCUCCACCAAUAAUGAAGUCUAUUGAUCCUAUUCUCCACUGAUGAUAAGUCCGUUAAGCAUCGAUUUGGGCCAAUUUAUUUUCGGAUGGCAUUUUUGUAAUUUCUUGGGCGACGAAAUGCCAUUUUCUAUUGAUAUUGAAGGCUACAGAUCACGGAUUCGGCCUGAGGCUAUUCUCCAAAGAUGAUUGAGUCCAUUAAGCACCGAUUUGGGCGGAUUUAUUCUAGGUCAAUUUUUGACAGAUUCCAAAGGGGUACCAUCACAGAUUUCGUGCAAUUUAUCCGAAAUGCCAUUUUAUUACGAUUCUGGCGGCUACAGAUCACGGAAUAAGGCCGAUGCUAUUCUCCACCGAUAGUGAAGUCUAUUGAUCCUAUUCUCCACGGAUGAUAAGUCCGUUAAGCAUCGAUUUGGGCCAAUUUAUUUUCGGUUAACAUUUUCGUAAUUUCUUGGGCGAUUAAAUGCCAUUUUCUUUGGAUAUUGAAGGCUACAGAUCACGGAUUCGGCCUGAGACUAUUCUCCAACGAUGAUUGAGUCCAUUAAGCAUCGAUUUGGGAGGAUUUAUUCCGGGUCUAUUUUAGGCAGAUUCCAAAGAGGUACCAUCACAGAUUUCGGGCAAUUUAUCCGAAAUGCCAUUUUCUUUCGAUUCUGGCGGCUACAGAUCAUGGAAUAUGGCCGAGGCUAUUCUCCACCGAUAAUGAAGUCUAUUGAUCCUAUUCUCUACGGAUGAUAAGUCCGUUAAGCAUCGAUUUGGGUCAAUUUUUUUCGGAUGGCAUUUUCGUAAUUUCUUGGGCGACGAACUGCCAUUUUUCUUUGGAUAUUGAACGCUACAGUUCACGGAUUUGGCCUGAGGCUAUUCUCUAACGAUGACUGAGUCCAUUAAGCACCGAUUUGGGCGGAUUUAUUCCGGGUCAAUUUUUGGCAGAUUCUUAAGGGGUACCAUCACAGAUUUCGGGCGAUUUAUCCGAAAUGCCAUUUUCUUUCGAUUCUGGAGGCUACAGAUCACGGAAUCAGGCCGAGGCUAUUCUCCACCGAUAAUGAAGUCUAUUGAUCCUAUUCUCCACGGAUGAUAAGUCCGUUAAACAUCGAUUUGGGCCAAUUUAUUUUCGGAUGUCAUUUUUGUAUUUUCUUGGGCUACGAAAGGCCAUUUUCUUUGGAUAUUAAAGGCUACAGAUUACGGAUUCGGCCUGAAGCUAUUCUCCAACGAUGAUUGAGUCCAUUAAGCACCAAUUUGGGCAGAUUUAUUCCGGGUCAAUUUUGGCAGAUUCCACCAUCACAGAUUUCAAACGAUUUAUCCGAAAUGCCGUUUUCUAUCGAUUCUGGAGGCUAAAGAUUACGAAAUCAGGCCGAGGCUAUUGUCCACCAAUAAUGAAGUCUAUUGACCCUAUUCUCCAUGGAUGAUAAGUCCGAUAAGCAGCCAAUUUAUUUUCGAAUGGCAUUUUCAUAAUUUCUUGGGCGACGAAAGGCCAUUUUCUUUGGAAAGUGAAGGCUACAGAUCACGGAUUCGGCCUGAGGCUAUUCUCCAACGAUGAUUGAGUCCAUUAAGAACCGAUUUGGGCGGAUUUAUUCCGGGUCAAUUUUUAGCUGAUUCCAAAGGGGUACCAUCACAUAUUUCGGGCAAUUUAUCCGAAAUGCCUUUUUAUUUCGAUUCUGGAGGCUACAGAUCACGAAAUCAGGCCGAGGCUAUUCUCCACCGAUAAUGAAGUCUAUUGAUCCUAUUCUCUACGGAUGAUAAGUCCGUUAAGCAUCGAUUUGGGCCAAUUUAUUUUCGGAUGACAUUUUCGUAAUUUCUUGGGCGAUUAAAUGCCAUUUUCUUUGGAUAUUGAAGGCUACAGAUCAUGGAUUCGGCCUGAGACUAUUCUCCAACGAUGAUUGAGUCCAAUAAGCACCGAUUUGGGCAGAUUUAUUCUUGGACAAUUUUUGGCAGAUUCCAAAGAGGUACCAUAAGAUUUCGGGCGAUUUAUCCGAAAUGCCAUUUUCUUUCGAUUCUGGCGGCUACAGAUCACGGAAUAUGGCCGAGGCUAUUCUCCACCGAUAAUGAAGUCUAUUGAUCCUAUUCUCUACGCAUGAUAAGUCCGUUAAGCAUCGAUUUGGGCCAAUUUUUUUUCGGAUGUCAUUUUCGUAAUUUCUUGGGCGACGAACUGCCAUUUUCUUUGGAUAUUGAACGCUACAGAUCACGGAUUUGGCCUGAGGCUAUUCUCUAACGAUGAUUGAGUCCAUUAAGCACCGAUUUUGGCGGAUUUAUUCCGGGUCAAUUUUUGGCAGAUUCCAAAGGGGUACCAUCACAGAUUUCGGGCGAUUCAUCCGAAAUGCCAUUUUCUUACGAUUCUGGAGGCUACAGAUCAUGAAAUUAGUCCGAGGCUAUUCUCCACUGAUAAUGAAGUCUAUUAAUCCUAUUCUCCACGGAUGAUAAGUCCGUUAAGCAUCGAUUUGGGGCAAUUUAUUUUCGGAUGUAAUUUUUGUAAUUUCUUGGGCGACGAAAGGCCAUUUUCUUUGGAUAUUGUAGGCUACAGAUCACGGAUUCGGCCUGAGGCUAUUCUCCAAUGAUGAUUGAGUCCAUUAAGCACCGAUUUGGGCAGAUUUAUUCCGGGUCGAAUUUUGGCAGAUUCCAAAUGGGUAGCAUCACAGAUUUCGGGCGAUUUAUCAGAAAUGCCAUUUUCUUUCGAUUCUGGAGGCUACAGAUCAUCGAAUAAGGGCUGAGGCUAUUC